GGCAAAGUUGACAUGUGGAAGCAGAACUUAAGGUAAAAUCGGCAUGUUUUCAUUCAUCAGUACAACAACACUGACUGUCUGAGACUUUUAAGUUAGUUAUUACAAAGGGCAGUAAUAUAAAGGCGGUGUUACACGCGGUGGAGGACGUUCUCACUCAGCGUAAAAGAUAUGGCUGUUCAGCUAGCCAGAUGUAUGUUAGCUGAGUUUAGUGAACCACAAUUUCUUAUAUAGCAAACCAAGGAGCAUGCCUUUCUGGAGUUUCUUCUGGUUUAUAUUUUUGAAUAACCAAAGACAGACUCAGUGACAGACUCAGAUAGCUCGUGUAUAGAAGAUCGACGUAGGUGAAGAUGAACCUGCUGCCACACACCGCUGAAGAGUUCAGCUCUGCAGAGUACUGGGAGCGUUUUUUCCGGCGGCGUGGAGACAAGGCUUUUGAGUGGUAUGGCGACUAUAAUCAGCUGUGCGGAGUUCUGCACAAGUACAUCAAACCCCGUGACCAGGUAUUGGUGGUGGGUUGUGGGAACUCCGAGCUGAGUGAGCAGCUUUAUGACGUGGGCUACCGACAGCUCACCAACAUCGACAUCAGCGAGACAGUGGUCACCCAUAUGAACCAGCGUAAUGCUGAGCGCCGGCCCGGCCUCACCUUUUUGCAGGCCGAUGCCACCCAGACCUCCUUUGAGAGUGGCAGCUUCCAGGUGGCGCUCGACAAGGGCACGCUGGAUGCCAUGGCCUCCCAGGAAGAGGGGGCUUUGGCGGGGCGGAUGCUGGUUGAGGUCGGCCGGGUGCUCGUGGUGGGCGGCCGCUACAUAUGUGUGUCUCUGGCCCAGGAACACGUGGCGAAGCUGGCGGUGGAGCAUUUCGUCAGGGAGGGUUGGGCGGUCAGGCUGCAUUGCCUGGGAAGCAUGGAAGGAGAGGAUAGUGGGCCGGACUCAUCCUCAUUUGCUCUGCCCGUUUUCGUGUUGGUCUGUACCAAGUUCCGCCAGCCUCCCCCAUGCCCCGUGCUGGAGAUGUGUCAGGGUGAAGACGGUGCCCCCAGGAGGCUGGCCUCAGUGCAGGAGCUGCUGUCUGCAGUGAAAGAGUGUCAGGCUUACGCCCUGCUGCGCCAGAGGCUCCGCGCUGGCACAGAUGCCACCCAGAGCCCCUCCCUCACCCUGUGCCACGCCACGACGGGCCGCCCCCGCUACACUCUCACCGUGCAGGACAGCCCCCCCACGGCCAAGCUGCCCCGCACCAACUACUUUGCCAUCUUCAUCGUGCCUCAGGGACGGGAGUCUGAUUGGAUGUAUGGCUCUGCUGAGGGGCGGAGCCAGCUGGCACGUAGCGCUGGCUUCAGGCGGCUGGUGAUCGUGGCCAUGCACCGGGACCAGGAGUACCAGGAUAUGCAGGCUGUACAAUCAGAACUCUCUCCCAUGGUGAUGGAUCUUGCCCCACCUGGAAUGCCAGCCAAUCAGCAGGUGCCCUUCUUGUCAGUGGGGGGGGAGUUGGGCUGGAGGGAGGUGGUCAGUAGAGGGGUGAGCGCACUCAGUGGGGAGUACUCUGUGGAGGACGUGCGUGGAGAGGAUGGGCAGUUGUAUCGCAGGCUGGUGUUCCUGAACAAUGCUGGACUGGUGCAGUCUGAGAGCCGGCUCAGCACCCAGGCCACUGCUUCAGCCCGUAAGAAAAGCAAAAAAAAGAAGUCAAAGUCAGCUGCUCCUCAAGCUGCUGGUGGCCCCCCCAGUGUGGACCGAGGCUUCCUGUGCUGUGCCCACCACAGAGUCAUGGUGGCUGGGCUUUCUCUGCUGGGGGUGGGCUCUGCGGACAGCAAAGGCCAACCUGUAUCUGUACUGCUGGUGGGACUGGGUGGAGGAGGACUGCCACAGUUUGUGAGGGACUUUGUCCCUGCAGCAUCUGUGGAGGUUGUGGAGCUGGACCCUACCAUUCUGGAGGUGGCCCAGACCUGGUUUGGGUUCCAUGUAGAUGAAAGAUUAAAGGUGACAUUGGGUGAUGGAUUGGAGCACAUAAAAACACUUGCGAGUCAAGGUGAAUGCUUUUAUGAUGUCAUCAUGUUUGAUGUGGACAGCAAGGACCCCACGCUGGGUAUGAGCUGCCCUCCACCUGCCUUUGUGGAAACAUGUUUCCUGGAGAAAGUGCGCAAUCUGCUAACUCCUCGAGGCAUCUUCAUGCUGAACUUGGUGUGCCGUGACUCUGCUCUGAGGGAGAGUGUGCUGGGGCGUGUCCGGGGGGUGUUUCCUCGCGUGUUGUCGCGGGGGAUUGAGGAGGAGGUCAACGAGGUGCUCCUGUGUGUGAGGGGAGGGGGCGAGCAGGGAGAACAGACCCCCGUCAGCCCCCCAGCCCUGCGCAAGGCAGCUCAGAGCCUGCAGGGGGCACUACGGGGCCACGGUACACCCUGCAACCCAGACAUUGACAUUGCUUCUCUGCUGGAAGACCUGAAAAUUGCAUGAGGAAAGCAGAAGUGGGAGGAGAGGGUAGAGUGGAGGCAAUGAUGAAGAUAUCUUGUGAGGGAGGAGAUUGUUGGUUGCAGGUUAGAGGUGGCUGUGGAGAGUUGAGGUGAGAGGAGGAGGACAUAUAAAGUAGAUGUUUAAGGGGAAGUACACAAU